ACAGCUUUAUAUACAGAUUAAUAUACAGAUUAUAAAUGCUAUUGUUAAUCGCAUUUAUUUGCAGUAAGAUUUAAUAAAAUCGUAAGUUAAAAAGGUAAUGACAACAAAACUAAUCGUGUCCGACAUUAAGAAUAUGUGUUAUUUUAAAUGUGUUAAUAAGAAUUUGAAUUUGAAAAUAUGAAUUUCGGUAAAACAUUUGUGGUUUUAUUUUUACAUACACAUGUUAGUGUAUAUGGACAAACCGUUCAAAAUGCCAAAGAUUUACGGACAAAACUUAUGACAACAGAUGGAUAUGAUAUAACAGUUCGGCCGAUAGCGGAUCAGUCGGAUUUCGUACGUGUUAACGUAUCUUUAGCACUAUUAGCUUUGAACAGCUUGGACGAUGUUGCUGGGGUUUUGACAACAACCGCCUACAUGAAAGUGUUAUGGACAGACAGUGAGUUACAAUGGACUCCCGCAACCUAUGGUAAUCUUGCAUCGACAUUCUUUCCCCAGGAUAACAUAUGGAAGCCUGAUAUCGCCCUGAAGAAUUCGAACAAAGACUACACAACACUUGGAAUUCCAUCUUUAAAUGUUGAAGUCAGUAAUGACGGAACUAUCGAGUGGUAUCCAUUUGAGAUUUUCACAUCCACCUGCUCUGUGGAUAUAACAUAUUUCCCAUUUGAUGUCCAGAUAUGUCACUUGAAGUUUGUAGCUUGGAGUUAUGGACCAGAUGAGGUCUACUUAAAAGAUGGUGGUGGAGUAGACUUCAGUAAUUACGAAGAAAGCCCGUCUUGGGAUAUUCUUGAUAAUUCAGUUGCCGAAGAACAGAUCGGCGAAGACAUCGCCUUAUCAUUUACAAUCAAAAUGAAAAGAAAAUCUUUGUACGCUAUGUUGAGCGUGGUACUUCCUAUUUUGCUUUUAUCUGUUUUGAAAUUGUUUGUAUUUGUAUUACCCGCCGACAAAAGUAGCUACUCUGUUACGGUAUUCCUUGCAUUCGCUAUCUUCCUAACCAUUGUUGAGGCAACAAUGCCAAACAAUUCCUUAUCUGUGGCAGUUUUCUCGAUUUAUGUAAUAUUGAUGACGGCACAGAGUACAGUAGUAACAAUUAUUGCUGUAUUCGAGGAAAGGGCUUUAACUUUUGAUGAAGAUGAAAUUAAAAUUCCUAAAUGGCUUUUUUCAUUGUCAAACUUAGGGGGAAACUAA